GGGAAGUGGGAUAAGGUUUUGGAGGAGGCAUGGGGGAUCAGUUUGAUGAAGAUGGUCGUUGGGCGUUACCACAGCCACACCGUGACAGCUACCUGAGUCGCCAAGGCGACUAUGAGGGAGGCAGGUAUGGUAGGCCUUAUUUUGCUUAUGAUGGUGAUGAUGACUUGAUUUUUAGAGCGAGACCGCCGACCAUUGAAUUUCCUAAGUGCAAUGGUCAGGAGGAUGCAGGAUUGUUGUUGUAUGCUGCUGACAGGUGGUUCAAGAAAAAAAAGAACCAUCACACUAAGUAGGAAAGAAAAGCGCACCUGCGUCUUACUACUUGGAGGGCGAUGCCCUGCAAUGGUGGGAAUGGUUAGAGCAGUCUUAUGAUGCGACAUACACAUUGAUCACAUGGACGAGGUUCCAGGAGGAGCUCCGACAUCAGUUCGGGAAAUCGGAAGGGUGGGCUCCGGAGUAGCUGGCUAAGCUAAGGCAGACCCAAUUGGUGGUUGAUUACAGAUCCGAGUUCUUCGAAUUUGGGAACAUGUGCAAGGGCGUUACAUAGGAGAUGUUAGUGGGGUUGUGCAUGGCGGGAGUGCGUCCGGAGAGCAAAACUGAUGUCAAGGUAUUUGAACUGGAUACCUUGCGUUCUGCUUUUCGUCUUGCAAGAUGAAAGGAGGAGGAUAUCGCUAAACACCAUUGGGCAUUACCAGAGGCCAAGUGGAGGAGAGAGUGGAGGCGUCCCCGGCAUUGGGGUUGACGGAGUGACAGGAGGAGUAGGAGGGACAACCACUUUCAUGGGUGCCGCACCAGGGGCGGUCCCACCCGACCUACAAGCUUUUCCAAAAGGGUUCGUCAAGCUAUCACUGGCGGAGAUCGAGUAGAAGAGGUGGAAAUUGAAAUGUUUCAACUGCAAUGAGAGGUUCAUGUUUGGCCAUCAAUGCGCAAAUUCGGAUAUGAUGAUGCUGAUUGGGCGCUAGGAGGAUGAGGUGGAGAAGUGGACCGCGGAGAAGAACGAGGCGAGACCCAAUCUUGACGGCAUGAUUGGUCUUAAGAGGGGAGGAAUAUUAGAAACAUUGGGGGGGGGGGGGGGUUGGGGAUUUAUCUACGGAUUUGGUUAAUUAGGGAUUUUAGCCCUAUUUAUUCUUUUUGGGGAUUUUAAACAUUAUUGGCCUAUUCUGGUUAAGAGUUAUUCUUUGAGUAGCAAAGGGUAAUUAUUUUGGGUUUAUAUUCUGUAAACCGAGGAUUAUUUUCAUGAAGCAGAUUAUUAUCAAGAAAAAACUAAACAUAUCUCUAAUUCCCUCUCCCCCCACAUCUGAUUCUUUUUCCCUCUGUCCAAGAUAGUCGUCGACUCCUUCUUCUUCCUAAUCCCCUUUUCCUUCUUCUGAUCUUCUCCCUCAAACCCCAACUGUUGGCCCUGAAACGACGUGCUAUCCAUCAAAACGGAGCACUUCACAACGAUGUCGUUUCACGAACCUCGCAACGAUGUCGUUUCGCUACAUCGUCCAUCGAAGUCAAGAGAGCACUUCAAGAGAGGACUCCUCGAUUGAUGAUCUCCCUGUUUCCUUCUCUCGAUCGUCCUCUCUCAGCAGAAGCUUCGACUUUCUAGAGCCUGCUCCACCUAGCACCGUCUCUAUGAUGAUGAAUGAUGAAGACUAUGGAAGGCUCCUGAUUAGGCAACAGUCAUAUGCUAUUCACACUAUAAAUUGUAAGCCUUCUG